GGGAGCUGCAACCAGAGAUAUUUGCGACUUUGUCAUAAUAAGUCGUUGAUGUUUACGUUGUGUCAGCUGGAAAAGUAAACGCAUUGUGAAUGUGCUAUUUAAAUCACUAAAUUUGUUUACUUAUAGUUCACUAUAUCUGUUGAAAAUCAGCUGCAGCAGUUUGAAGACGUGGUGUUCAUUAUAUAAAACAUGCAGUUUGUGCCUGGUUAUCAGAACCUUGACAACAGCAUGUUUGGUGAAAUAUCCCCACCUCCACACCAUACUAGUCUUCCAUCAUCAACAUGGCUGCAUGUGCCCCCAAUGCAUAUGCCAUGGGGGACACCACUAUCUGAUCAGCCCAGCAUUGUCAGGUUCACUGCAGAAUCAGCAGCAGUGGCAGCAGCAGAAGCAGUAGCAUCUUCAACGUUAGCAGGGAUUCAAAAUGAAAUAUAUAAUUCAAAUGCUUUCCAGUGUAAGAGGAAGAUUGAGACUGAGGUUGAAAUCCGCCCACCAAAGAAGCACAUUACAGAAGAAAAGAUGGCUGCACAUAUGAGUCAACUGAGCAUCAGUGGGGACUACAGCCCACCACCAAUAUCUGAAGAAAAGCCAACAACCAGCACUGCUGCUGAAGAUAUGACCCUAGGCAGACGAUUAAUCUUGUCUGAUGAGCUGCGUGCAUUGCAGAAUGAGCCUAUAUUACCCCAGUCUCUUGUGUCUAAAUUGGAGAAACCUUCGAUGGCACUGGUGCUGUGGCAGCCGCCAGCUGGGAACCUGGGUGAGCAGCUGCGCAGUGCUGCACGCCUCAAUGCUUCUCAUGCGGCUGAGGAAAGGCAGCAGCAGCAGCAACAACAGCAGCAGCAGCAGCAGCAGCAGCAGCAGCAACAGCAACAGCAACAGCAACAGCUAGACUCCAAUGACAACAACAACACACCUGCUGCUGUUGAUCUGAAUACUUUUACGUCACAACAAGGGGAACUGAUUCCUGAUGAUAACUCUGAAAUGGAACUUUGAUGGGUGAUACGAAAUAUGUCAGGAUACUGGCAAAAUGAGGGUGUUUGUGGAUGUUAUUUAAAGUGUGUCAUUAGUCCAUCAAGACAUAAGCACAACAUAUAAAUGUUUUUAUAUACAUUUUUAGAAAUAAUGUGAUCAUCAAAAUCCACUUAUCAUAAUGUGAUGUGUGAAAUAUAUGUCCAUAACUUAAGUCGUAAGAGUGAAGUUUGAUUGUGUGACAAUAUCAUUAUGAAAUUAAAUGAUUGAAUCUGUAUGAAAGCACACAUAUGUAUAGGGCAUCAUACUGCAGCAUUAAAAAUGUAUUGCACUUUCUGUUGUUUUCAUUUGAAAGUUUGGAAUUAAUUUCUUUCUUGUUAAUUGCUUUUCUUUGUUUUAACACCUUAAUAAAUGACAUUUUCUGGAAUAAAAGGCAAACUUAAGUACUUAUACUUGCAUCAUAUAUGUAGCCUUUUAUUUUGUGUUAAAUUGAUGAAAAUAAUAGGUAAUAGAACAGUCUGUAACUCAUACAGAAUAUUUAGUAUUGUUUGUAUCACACUUCAAGAAUUGUAAUACAUCCUGUAUGGUUUUUCAUUGUAUAAAUUUAUAAUUCUCCAACUUUCAGACUUAACUCACUUUACUGCAUGCAAAGUGUACCUCCAAAACUUAAGUUAAUUAUUUAGUUUUGGUGUAGCUGUUUAUACUGAACCCAAGAUGCUAUUUGUUGAUAAAAGAAUGUACAAGGGGGGUUGAAUCUGAUUCUAUAACUGUGACUGUCAGCUUUUUGUUUACUGGUGUAUUUUAUUGUUACUAUUAUCAUCCAUUAAAAUGUCAUGAAUGCUUUUGAAGAAACUAAUGCAACUGGGGAAAAAUGGGAAAUAUUAAAGUAUUGCUCUUUAGCAAGAAACUUCAAGCUUAUGAUUGGUUAUGUUGUUCAUAGUCAAGGUUAGUCAUCUUUAAUUUGCUACGAAGAGUUAUACAAACAUUUUCAAAUCACAUUGGAAAUCUUUCUUUUCAGCUCUGUGAACAUAUUUUGUGUACUGUUGUCUUUCAUGUAAUAAUUGACUGUUCUUUUGUUCUAAGAAUCUUUUGUGUUAAAUUUAUUUAUUUGUGUGCUUUCUCUCUGCUGUUGGAGACUGUUUAUGUGUGUACUACCUGUGUAUUGAUGGAGGAUAUGUAUUGUUGAUAUGGAGGAAAAGUUUCUGACACUAUGAAAGGUUUCUUGCAUUACUAAUUAAUACCUGUUAUACAUUAAUUGUUAUGACGUGUGUGUUUGGGGUUCAAAACAAUGGAAUGAAAUGACUUAGAAGUAGAAUAGAAAUUAAUGUAAGAUAAUUUUUCUGGGUGAAGCACCUGUAUUCUGUACUCAGAGACUAAUUCAUGUGUGUGUAUUUUGUUCGGCAUUUGCUGCUAAUAAUAUGUAGACAUGAGUGGUUUAUUUCUGUGUAGUGCUUCAAUAAUUAUGAACUUUAAAACUAUUUGUAGAGCAGUGCAAUUAGUUAAUGAUAGUGACAAAGUGGGAGUAUGACAGUGCUCUAUAGUAUUCUCAGUAUUUUGUUAUGCGUAAAACAAAGCUUGUUUCAGUUAAGGUAGGCUGAAUGCUUCAAGAUUUGCAAAUCUAAUCGCUCCCAUUUAUUCUCAGAAUAAUUUUUCUAUCUUCUUUGACUUACUUAUUUCACUCUUUACAUUCAUGUCGGAUUAAUAUAUACACAAGUGUAGUGCUUGCAACACACGGUAUUUUGGACAGCAGAAAACUUUAACUCUUGAUGGUAUAAUAAUGUUUACUGCAGGUAUCCUAAAUGUUAGAGCCAAGCAUAAGCAAAUCACUUUCCUCUGUUCCUUGGGAAUGUCUUCCAAGUUGGUUGAAGUCAGUUUCUCUCUCUCUCUCUCUCUCUCUCUCUCUCUCUCUCUCUCUCUCUCUCUCUCUCUCUCUCUCUCUCUCUCUCUCUCCCCACAACAAUAAUCUUUUGUUGUUGGUGAGAACAUGCAUUUAUAUGCUUUCACUAUUGUUUCUUGAUUUAUAUCUGCUAAAUUUAGUUGUGUAAGAAGCAUUAGAGAUUCUCCUCUGUACUUUGUCAUUCAUGAAUUGCUUUAAUCAAAGAAUGGUGACCCAGUAUGCAGGUCCUUAUGACGGGUUAACAUGAUGCAUUUUUAAUUAACUUCUUAUGGUUGGGGUUCAUAGUUAUCUAAAAUAUUGUAAAUGACAUCAUAGUCGCCCUUGAAUGUAAAAGUUAUUUGUUUGUAAAUAAUGCAUUUCCAUAUCAAUGCUGAGGAACUGACGAUAGACCGCUACAUAUUGUUACUGUGUUCCUACUGAUUCAUUUUUCACAAACAAAAUAUGUGACAGAGUGCUAAUGUAAAUGGCUUUUAAUGAGAUUUCAAGGAAAAACACAUUUAUAUAGGUUGUUAUUCUGUCAACCUCCUGGUAUCUGCUUCUAUAAUAGGUAACAGGCACCCACAUGUGAACAGGAGUUUCGUCUGUAACAAAUCUACUGAUAAACUUCUGACAACUUCUCUUCUCUUCUCUCCUCUUCUCUUCUUCCUUCUUUCUCCACCUCCUCCUCCUCCUCCUCCUCCUUUCUCUCUCUCUCUCUCUCUCUCUCUCUCUCUCUCUCUCUCUCUCUCUCUCUCUCUCUCUCUCUCUCUUGUCUGAUAAUGUGAAUUUUAACUGGAAUAUUGUAGUCAAUUUUUGAAAGAGAGAAAUUUAAUGGAUUUUUGUGGGAAGUGUCACCCAGAAAUGUUACAUGAUACCAUGUAAUAUAGUGUAGCAUUCUGUGUACAAGAAUAUCAUUUAUGGA